GGCUCCGCGGCGUGAAAACAAUAGGCGCUAUUGGAUGACUGGAGACGGGUUGCUGGGGUCGGGUUGUGCGGAACACUAACUUUACACUCCGGGCUUAACGCUAUAAACCGGGGGCGCCGGGGAGCUGGUGGUUCUCGCCCCUGAGCCCCCAAGACAGAACGCGACAGCCGGGGAGCAGCGCUGGGGGCCGGGCGCGGGCGGAGCCGGCUUUUCUGUCGGAGGACGUAGGCCCUCACGCAGCGCCUUUAAGGCUCCCGGCUGAGCCGGCCCCGGAGCUGAGAGCGGCGCGGGCGCGGGCGUUGCUGCUGGACCUGAGCAGGGGCCCGGGGCCGAGGACAGGCGUCUAGAUAGUGCGGCUGGUCCCAGGCUGCUGAGGUCAGAGUCUCAUUUUCAGCUUCUGCCAGAGUCAGUAGCAGUUGGGAAAGAAGGCUGUGCUCUUCAAAGACCCCUGCAGGUGUCAGCCAGCCCUAAAGAGCAGGAUGGAUCUUGACGUGGUUAACAUGUUUGUGAUCGCGGGCGGGACGCUGGCCAUCCCAAUCCUGGCAUUUGUAGCUUCAUUUCUCCUGUGGCCUUCGGCACUGAUAAGAAUCUAUUACUGGUACUGGCGGAGGGCACUGGGCAUGCAGGUGCGCUAUGUGCGCCACGAAGACUAUCAGUUCUGUUACUCCUUCCGCGGCAGGCCUGGGAACAAGCCUUCCAUCCUCAUGCUCCACGGAUUCUCUGCCCAUAAGGACAUGUGGCUCAGCGUGGUCAAGUUCCUUCCAAAGAACCUGCACUUGGUCUGCGUGGACAUGCCAGGACAUGAGGGCACCACCCGCUCCUCCCUGGAUGAUCUGUCCAUAGAUGGGCAAGCCAAGAGGAUACACCAGUUUGUAGAAUGCCUCAAGCUGAACAAAAGACCCUUCCACCUGAUAGGCACCUCCAUGGGCGGCCACGUGGCUGGGGUGUAUGCUGCUUAUUACCCAUCAGACGUCUGCAGCCUGUCUCUUGUGUGCCCUGCUGGUCUGCAGUACUCAACUGAUAAUCAGUUUGUACAACGGCUCAAAGAACUGCAGGAGUCGGCCGCCGUAGAGAAGAUUCCCUUGAUCCCAUCCACUCCAGAAGAGAUGAGUGAAAUGCUCCAGCUCUGCUCCUAUGUCCGCUUCAAGGUGCCCCAGCAGAUCCUGCAAGGCCUUGUCGAUGUCCGCAUCCCUCAUAACAAUUUCUACCGAAAACUGUUUUUGGAGAUCGUCAGUGAGAAGUCGAGAUACUCCCUCCAUCAGAACAUGGACAAGAUCAAGGUCCCGACGCAGAUCAUCUGGGGCAAACAAGACCAGGAAGAGGUGGCACACACCUGGUCCAGGUGCCAGUGUUCACAGGGAGCAUCGUUCUGUGAGCUGAGAGCAAUGACAUUGACCUCUUAAAAUGUAAGGCAAUUUUUUUUUAAACUUGCUUACAAGCUUUAUUUUAUAAAUGUGUUUAUUUUAUUUUUUUAUUUAUUUUUGGCUGCGUUGGGUCUUUGUUGCUGUGCACGGGCUUUCUCUAGUUGCGGCGAGCCGGGGCUACUCUUCGUUGCGGUGUGCGGGUUUCUCAUGGCGGUGGCUUCUCUUGUUGCGGAGAAUGGGCUCUAGGCUCACGGGCUUCAGUAGUUGCAGCAUGCAGGCUCAGUAGCUGUGGCUCGCGGGCUCUAGAGCACAGGCUCAGUAGUUGUGGCUCAUGGGCUUAGUUGCUCCACAGCAUGUGGGAUCUUCCCGGACCAGGGCUCGAACCCGUGUUCCCUGCAUUGGCAGGAGGAUUCUUAACCUCUGCGCCACCAGGGAACCCUGUAAGGCAAUUUUAAAUCAUUUUUGCAAAUUAUUUUUCUCAAAGCCAUAUAAUCACAUGGUACAAAAAACUUCAAAGAGUACAAAAAGAUUUGUAAUGCGAACUUGGUCUCUUUAACAUUCCAGAUCCCAAUUCCCAUUUCUUCGAGGCAACACUUACACUCUUGUGUAUAUUUCUUAAAUUUUCUAAGGCAGGAGUUGGCAAAUGUUUUCUGUAAAGGGCCAGAUAGUAAAUAUUUGCAACUUUGCUGGCGAUAAGUUCUCUGUCACAUCUACUCAACUGUGCUGUGUGUUGCAAAAGCAGAUGUGGGGACAUGCAGACAAAUGGCAGGCAGAGCUCCAGUGAACCUUUAGUCACAAAACAGGCGGGGGCCAUUGUUUGCCCGCUCCUAUUCUAAGCAUAUAUCAAUAUGGGUAAAUAAGUUUAUCUGUAAGUUUUUCAAACAUGCUAUAUAUAUACUGUUUUGCACCUUAGUUCACAUAUAUAAGAAAGAUAUACCUUGGAAAUCACUUCAUAUCAGCCCAUACAGAUCUACUCAUUCUAUUUUUAAAAAUAUUUCAUUUUGAAAUAAUCACAAAUUUAUAGAAGAAUUGUAGAAAUAGUACAGAGUACUCCUAUAUUGCUUUACCAAAUUUCAUCUGUUUUAACUGCUUUAUUGAAAUAUAAUUCACACGCUGUAAAAUUCACCUUGUGCACCCCACUGUAGCCCAGUCGUAGAACACUUCGGUCACUCCCCAAAGUUCCCUCUUGCCCAUUUGCAGUUAAUCUCCAUUCCUACCCCAGCCCCAUGCAACCACUGAUCUGUUUGUUUCUGAAGUUUUGCUUAGAAUAUAGUUUUCUAGAAUUUUCAUAAAAUGGUAUCGUAUUGCAUGUAGUCUUUUGCAUCUGGCUUCUUUCACUCAAGCAUAAUGUUUUUGAGGUUUAUCCGUAUUGUUGCAUAUACCAACAGUUUGUUCCUUUUUAUUGCUGAGUGUCAUUCCAUGGUAUGUGUGUACCACAUCUUAUUUAUUCCCAACUUUUUAACAGUUGCCACACUGGCUUUAUCACCCUCAUCUAGACAGACCUAGAAAUAUGUAUUUUUGGACCAUUUGGAGUAGGUUGCUUACAUUAUGUGCCUUUACCCCCAAUAUUUCAAGGUGUAUUUACUGCAAACCAGGAUAUUCUCUCACAUAAUCACAGUACGUUGUCACAUUUAGGAAGUUUAACAUUGAUGCAAUAGCUUUUAACUAAUCUACAGUCCAUAUUCCAAAUUUAUUUGUUGCUUCAAUAACGUCCUACACUGAAUGUCAAUAUUAUGACAUAGUAUGAGUGUGUUUCAUGUUUGGUAAUUGCAAUCAUUGUUGCUUUUGUUGUGGUCAUCCAUGUACAAUGCUUGGUGUCAGUCUAUUUAUCUCUUGUAAAAAUAAAAUACAGUGUGUGUGUGUGGAAAAAAAAAAAAAUAACGUCCUACAUAGACUCCUCCUCCUCCUGCCCCCUGAAUCAGGAUCACAUACUGCAUGUCAUGUCUCUUUCGUCUCCUUUAAUAUGAAAUGUUUCCCUCAGUCUGUUUUUAUCUUUCGUGACAUUGAGAUAUUUGAAGAGGGCAGGCCAGUUAUUUUACAAAAUGUUCCUCAGUUUGAGAUUGUUUGCUGUUUCCUCAUGAUUAAAUUCAGGUUAUAUAUCCCUGCCAGAAUAUCUCAUGGGUGAUAAGAUAUCACAUCCUCAGAGGGAUAGUGUCUUUCUGCCACUGGGUGAUGGGGAUUUUUUUUUUUUUGGCCACGCUGUGUGGCAUGUGGGAUCUUAGUUCCCCAACCAGAGGUUGAACCCGUGCCCCCUGCAGUGGAAGCACAGACUCUUAACCACUGGACUGCCAGGGAAGUCCUGGUGAUGGGAAUUUUGAUUGUCUGGUCACGACGUCUUGUUUUCUUCAUCAUAGACCAAUUAUUUCUCCCCUUGCAACUGAUAAGCAGUCUGUGGGGAGGCACUUUGAGACUGUGCAGAUAUCCUCCUCCUCAUCAAACAUUUCCCUUAGAUUUAUCAUUUGUGAAUGAUCCUUGCCCAAAACAAAAUUUUAUGUUCUUUUUUGGGAGCUGCAUAGUACUCCAUUAUAUGGCUCUGCCACAGUAUAUUUAACUAGUGCCCUGUUGAUGGUCACUUAGGUCAUUUUCAAUUUUGCCAUUAAACAACACGUCAGUGAACAUCGUUAUACAUGUGUGUUUGUGGAGUGUUGAGAGCAUAUCUGAAGGGUCAGUUCUUAAAUGUGGAAUCGCUAGGUCAGAGGCUUUGUACAUUUUUCAAUUUUGAUAAGCUUUGUCAGAUGGCUCUAUUAGUUUACUAGGGCUGCUGUAACAAAGUACCACAAACUGGGUGGCUUAAACAACCGAAAUUGACUGUCUCACAGUUCUGGAGACUGGAAGUCCGAGAUCAAGGCAUCAGCAGGUUGGUUCCUCCUGGGAGCUCUGAAGGAGAGUCUGCUCCAUGCCCCUCCCCAAGCUUCUGGGAGCUUGCUGGCAAUCUUUGGUGUUCCUUGGCUUAUAGAUGCAUCACCCUCAUCUCUGCCUUCAUCGUCACAUGGCAUUCUCCCUGUGCCUAUGUGUCUCUGUGUUUAAAUUUCCCCUUUUUGUAAGAUGCCAGUCAUACUAGAUUAGGGGUCCACCCUGCUCCAGUGUAACCUCUUCUUAACUAAUUACAUCUACAACGACCCUAUUUCCAAAUAAAGUCACGUUUUGAGGUUUUGGGGGUUAGGGCUUCAACAUAUGGAUUUGGGGAGGGGGCACAAUCAACCCAUAAUAAACCCUCCAAAGAAAUACUCAUUUAUACCCCAGAAGCUCCCCUUUGGUUUGCAACUGUUCUUUAAAAAUCAUAUCUUACUGAAAGUUCUUGGAAAGUUAAAAGCAAGAGGAGGCGGUGGGAAAUGGAGCCCACAGGCAGACAGAAUUACAGUGUCUGUUAAAGGGUAUCUAGCGGUCUUAUGCUGUUGACUGUCAUGAGAAAGGAAAUUAGAGUAAAGCUUUCCCUGUUGAGACAGCUCCCCUGUGGACACCAAGGUGAAAGCCACCAUUGUGAGCCCUGGGCAGGCUGCACAUCCCCACUGUAUGUGUGUGAAAGCACAGGCAGGAAGUCAGGCUGCACCACAAAGGCUCACGACUGCGGACGACCCAGGAGAAGAGACUGGGGAGGAGGAGCCAGGUCUGUGCGCCUGGCGCAGGCGGGGAGGCAGCGGUGGUGGCGUCCGCGUGCAGCUAUCUCACGUCAGCCAGGUGCAGCCGAGAAUGCACAGCACGGGAACGAGGGCAUCCAGAGGAGGGAGGCCUCCUGUGCUUCCUUCCGCACCAGCCAGGGACUGAAAGCAGCUUUGUGGACGCCUGAUAGGAAAAGUGGGACCCAGGCUGGGCCAGCAGGGGGUCAUUCAGUCAGAAAUCAGAGUCAGAACAGUAAAGGCCUUUCUUCAUUCUGAAAAUCCCAUAGGUGAUGUGGGCUCUCAGGGAGCAGCAGGGAGAGGCGAAAUCCCGUCAUGCUCCCCGUUAGCUGUUCCUUGUUGCAUUUUUGCAGCCCAGGGUGCUCUUCAUUCUGCUCACCCCGCUUCCCCGUGGGCGGCAGAUCUUGGUUUUAAUGAUCUGGGUUGAUGAGACUAAAGCUCAAAAACAGACCGUGCUCGAGUUUGUUGGGUUUUUGCUUUUGCUGUUACGGAUGGAGAGGAGGGCCCAUCUUGUCUGGGAUGAGUUGAAGGUGAAAGUGAUUAAGAGAAGGGGAGUGAAUACAAACGUGACACCAAAGGAGGGUGUUGGGGAGAAAGUCGGUAGGUUGGCUUUGAAGUAGCAAGGUAACCCAGGUGAAAAUGAAAUUGCAUUGUUCAAAAGGUGCUGGCCCUGGAAAAAUGGUGGCCUCCACGUUGGAAAAGCACUCCCUGUUAUUCACAAACUUCAGUGCCGGAGGUCCCACAGCUCAGGGACCCACCCCCCCAAAGGACUUUCAGGGCAUACUCCUCCAGCUUGUGAUAAUUAGUCUUCCCCUCUUGCGCGUCUCCUGUGUGGCCUCCCCACAGCUUGGGCUCCCCUAGUCCAGGGGCAGGGUGCGUUCUCCUGGCCCAGCCUGAUCACAUCACUGGCCGCUGUCCUUGACACAGCCCCACGGCCCCCAGCUGCCCUCAGACUGAGGCCUGACUCCCAGCGUGGCUGGAGGAGUGGGCCCCCUCUGUCCCACCCCACAUCCAUCCCCACUCAGACAGCACCAGGCUCCUUGCUGUCCCCUGCAUUUGCCAUGACCUCCCACCCUUGGGCUGCUCCCUCUUCUAUGAAUUCCCCUCCCGUGUGGUUUCUCAGCUCCCAGGAUCCUCCCCCAUCAGAGUCCUCGCUACAUCGUGCUGCAUUUGUCUGCUCUCCUGUCUGGCUUCCCCACCAGACCAGGAUGUCCUCAGGGCAGGGACUGUGUUUCCACCUCAGUAAUGCUGCCAGCAGCACACCUCCUAGCGCCGAGUUGCAGGAUAAAACAUGAGGCAUGUGGUCACUUCCAUCAGAGAGCCACAAGCCCCAACACUGAAGUGACUUGGUCCUAAAAAUCACCCCUGCCAGGCCUGGAUGGGAGUUCUGUCCACGGAGCGCACAGGGGUCUGAACCUUUUC